AAUGACCAGUUCAGUCCAGGCUCGACGACUGAUUUUAUUAAAAACUAUUUCCUUAGAAAUACAACGCGCUGAACUCAAAGCAGUCUUUUUUUUAUCAGUCAAACGGUGUCAUCUGUUGUCACCGUGCGCCACUGAACUGCAGGCGACCCCCUCGUGCCGCGCAGUAGUACGUCCCUCAGCUGUAGCGCGAGAGAGGUUCAGAUUGAGCGGAGAACAGGAGGAUUUAAAUACUUCUAAACGGGCGACCUGUUCAGCUCUUCGGGUGCGGGAGGGUGACUGUUUUGUGUCUUUUCUAGACCGGGGGAGCAGGGGGGUGGUGGAGGAGGAACGGAUAAUGAGCUAUUCUUGUACCAGCACAGGCAACAGCCAGGACCCAUCGUGCUCUAAGAAGUCCGGCGGCGUUAAUCCCGGUAGUUGCAGCAGCGGAGACACCGGCAACGGCAAUAACCGCCACAGCAUCCGCGGCAGCAAAGCGAACUCGAACCCUGAUUUAUCCGAGGCCAUGAAAGUCAAGAAGGGCUUUAACACGACAGACGUCGGGGUCCCCGUCACCACAGAGGAGGAACUGCUUGCGAACAAAACGAUCACCCCGGAGGAUGUGCUGGGAUUGCAGAAGAUCACUGAAAACUAUCUGUGUAGUCCAGAAGACAAUGUAUACAAUAUAGACUUCACACGGUUCAAGAUCAGGGAUAUGGAGACAGGAACAGUACUGUUUGAGAUCACCAAACCACCAGCCACAGAUAAAGGAGGGGAUAAAAGAGAUGUUGAUCUAAAUGCUGGCCGGUUUGUACGUUAUCAGUUUACGCCGGCUUUCUUACGGCUACGUCAAGUAGGAGCCACUGUUGAAUUCACAGUAGGGGACAUCCCCAUCAAUAACUUCCGGAUGAUCGAGAGGCACUAUUUCCGUGAACAGCUGCUGAAGAGCUUCGACUUUGAGUUUGGCUUCUGCAUCCCCAGCAGCAAGAACACCUGUGAGCACAUCUAUGAGUUCCCCCCGCUCUCAGAGGAUCUCAUACGUGAGAUGAUCCUCCAUCCUUACGAGACGCAGUCUGACAGCUUCUACUUUGUGGACAACAAGCUGGUCAUGCACAACAAAGCAGAUUAUUCAUACAGCGGAGGCCCUUAGGACAGCUGUCGGAGGGGGCUGAGGCAGAGAGUUUGACUGACAGACCUAAGAACCAAUCACAUGUCUUUGUCCAGCAGUCACACCCUCCUUGAAUCAGUGUCAUAGACGACUGCCUGCAGUGCGUCAUGCCUGUUUUUGAGAUCUAGAGUCAUAUCAUAAGGUCUUAUCCAAUGCAUACAUAUCCUAUUCUGAUUUCACACUGCCAUCAUUCACAUCAGCAAAUAUAGAUAUUAAAAGUGUCUAUUUUGUAUAAGCAAGGCACUGUAAUGUGAAUGGUACUUAGGUUUUCUAUUCAUCAUGUGCGUGCAUGUGUGUGUGUGUGGGUUUUGAUUCAAUGAUUUUGUGUGUGUAUGUGUGUGAGGGUGGUGUUUAACUCUGAUAAGACCAUUAUAUAUCGUUGAUGAGUAUUUCUUUCCCUGUCAGAAUAAGCUACAUCAUAUUUCAUGAUAUUUGUGAACUUUUCAUCCUGAAUAGAAUAUGAUAUGAUUUUAUGGUGAGACCUUGACAUAAUUGAUAGAUUUGUGUUGAAUUAGAUAUAUUUUGAUACGUGAACAAACUAUUUGUGUGGAUAAAAACAAGUCAAAUCAGUUAAAACUUUCAUGGUGGGCAACCUUCAUUGAUCUGUCGAAACGAAGGACUUUUGCUUUCAAAGGUCUGCAUAAAGUUUCUGAUUAUAGAUAAUUCACACUGCAAACGAGAGGUUGUGUAGAUAAAUCAACGUUGUGAAAAAUGCCUACUGAAAAGGGAACACGGCACACGUUACAAGCCUUGACAUUUCAAAUGUCUGGUCCGUGUGGUUUCUUUUUGUCUUCGUUCAAAACAAGAGGAAAGAAGUGGCCGUUUUGAGCCGUUUAAAGAACAGUAGUUCAAAGAGAUCCAGAGAUGCAGUCUCUUCUCAUCUCUCCAUCUAAGCAUUCCCUUUCUCACACAUUCCAGCGAGCCAGACCCUUCAUGGCUGUUUAGUGCACAUAGCAGAGGUUCGAUUUAACAUCUUAUCCAAGGAUGUGUUGUAUCUAUGAUCCUUGUAUUCAUAGUGCAAAAAGUGCAUUUAGGAGAAUGAUUUUCAUGUUUUUGGUUUAUGAAUAAAGAGGAGGCUUUCAAAGACUUCUAUAAGUGCAUAAAACGGAGGAACAACUUGAAAAAUGUUUCUAGUCAGAUGUAAUAUGUGCUUUAUUUAUGAUUGUGAUUUAUUGUAAAUGAUUUUUGGGGGGGGGAGAAACGUAUGUUUUGGACAGUUCAAAUGCCAGUCUGGAAUAAAAGAGAAAUAAAUGUA